GGGGCUCACGACGGGAAAUACGCCGCCAGUGGCAGGACAGGGACCGGACAACGACUCUGCACACCCCAAAUUUUGUGCGGUUGGAAAAGGGGCCAGCUCCUCUGUACCUAGCGGAGCAAGGUGCCAGUAGGGUUCACGCUCUGGCGAGCUGCUUGGAGGUCCCUGACUGGAAGGUGCCAACCGCAGGGGGUCGAGCUCGUACCUGCCCCACCCUGGCUGCGGCCGCGCGGGGAGGAAGCGCGCAGAGGCCGAGUGCAAAAGUUUCCUUUUCUGCUUUCCCGUCAGAGCAGCUUCAGCUAACCGAGGGUGGGGAUGCAUGACUUCAGUCGGGAGAAAACCCGAGAGCCCAAGGGGUUAAAAUAAGCAACUUCCCGAAAAAAAAAUUUUUUUUAAAAAAACCACCUCUCCCCACUGCUUGUCAUGGGCAGCCGCGAUCACUUGUUCAAAGUGCUGGUGGUGGGGGACGCCGCUGUGGGCAAGACGUCACUGGUCCAGCGCUACUCCCAGGACAGCUUCAGCAAGCACUACAAGUCCACCGUGGGAGUGGACUUUGCUCUGAAGGUUCUCCAGUGGUCUGACUCAGAGAUGGUGCGCCUUCAACUGUGGGAUAUUGCAGGGCAGGAGCGGUUCACCUCUAUGACAAGACUAUACUAUCGAGAUGCUUCUGCCUGUGUUAUUAUGUUCGACGUCACCAAUGCCACUACUUUCAGCAACAGCCAAAGAUGGAAACAGGAUCUGGACAGCAAGCUCACAUUACCCAGUGGAGAUCCAGUGCCCUGCCUGCUCUUGGCCAACAAGAGUGAUCUGUCCCCUUGGGCAGUGAGCCGGGACCAGAUUGACCGGUUCAGUAAAGAGAACGGUUUCAUAGGCUGGACGGAAACAUCAGUCAAGGAGAACAGAAAUAUUAAUGAGGCCAUGAGAGUCCUCGUUGAAAAGAUGAUGAACAAUUCCAGAGAAGAUAUAAUAUCUUUGUCUACCCAAGGGAACUACAUCAAUCUCCAAGCCAAGUCCUCCUCUGGCUGGACAUGCUGCUAGUUCUGUUUUCCAGCCAGGCCUCUGAGUCUUUCCACCUCUUGCUGUUGGUUGCCCACCAACAUAAAAACCCUGUUAAGAACAUCUGAACUACUACUUGCCAGCUGCUCAGAAAGGAGGCCCAUUGGGACUUGGGAAAGGCUGCCUGGGACCCAUGUGCAUUUUGGUUGCUCUUGGAUGUUGUCUCUGACUUACUGUUGGCCCAUGUAGUGCAGUUAGAGCUUCCAGUGAUCACCUCAUCCCCCAACUGUGGCAUGAGUUUAUGGGAAAGAUUAAAAAUUAGUACCUGUG